AUGUUCAGAUACCUUGCCACCAGAGCCGCCCCCCGGGUUGCCAUCCGCAGCGCCGUGCGGGCUCCGCGAGUGUCGAUGCGUGCCUUCGCCGCCAUCGGUCUUGUUGGUGCUGCCGGCUUCUCGAUUGCCUCGGCAAUGCCGUGGAAGCCGAUCGCCAACGAAGGCCAGGCGAUUGAGGUCGACCUGGCGAUCGACCCUUUCCCCUUGGAGAUGAAGAAAAACGACUUCUUGAAGACCGACUGGGUGCUUGUCGGUACCGGGGUGCGUACGGUGACGUUCGUCAGCUUCAAAGUGUACGGUGUAGGCAUCUACGUGGCCAAGGAAGACUUGCCUAAGGCCAAGCAAUUGUUGCAAGGCGUCAACAUCGACACGUUGUUGGACCCGGUAGCCAACGUGGGUGUGAUCGACAAGUUGUUGGACGGCGGCGUUAAGUUUAUGGUGAGAUUCUCGCCCGUGCGUAACACCGACUUCAACCACUUGAAGGACGGCUACAUCAAGCUGAUCUUGGCCAACCCUAAGGCGAAGGAAGUGCGUGAACCGAUUAACCGUGGGUUGGACGAAUUGAGACUGGUGUUCCAGCUGUACCGUGGGGCCGUUCCCAAGAAUCACGUGUUGUACUUACAACAAGGGCCCCAGGGCCAAUUGGACUUCACCUACCAAAACACCAAGGACAACACCACCCGCCACAUGGGCACGGUGGCCGAGCCUCAGGUGCUGAAGGUGUUGUUGCUGUCGUACAUGCUGGGGGCGAAGCCGCUUUCGGUGCCGUUGCAACAGUCGGUGGCUGCCGGGCUUGCCACUUUGUAA